AUGGAAGUAGACCCAGACGACAAGAAAGAUGCAGUGGAUUAUUCCGCGUCUUUCAUUGGUGGAGAUCUCACUUCUCCAUUCCUGAAUGUUGACAAUGCUGACUUUGGGUCGGUAUUAAACCAAAAUUUCCUGGACCCGAAUGGCUUCGAUCUGAGUUUUGAUGAACUGUGGUCUAAUGAUAUCAACCAAACUCCUGGCGAUACAAACGCCAGUCAAAACCAUCUACAGCAACUUCACACAGUCGAGUCAUCAUCAACCCAAUCACCCAUUCUCACACCUUCAACGUUACCCCCGAAAGUCGGGCACAGAUUCACCCUGGAAGCCCUUCGCUCUUUGAAAGAAUGGUUCUCAACACAUGCCGAUAAUCCAUACCCAAAUGAAGAAGAAAAGACCAUACUCGAGCAUCAAACAGGCCUGAGCCGAACACAAAUAACAAACUGGCUGGCCAACGCCCGAAGACGUCGGACGAUAGCUGAUGGCCGUGCCAACGGAAACGCCCAAGUCCCUGAGGGAUACACACCUACACGCUCAGGAACGCCGAUUCCAAAACCUUUGAGAGAUCUUAAUCCCCUGCAGCGAUGGCAGAAUUCGCCGCCUGAGAAUGAGCCGGCUGCUGUUUCUGAUAUUGCUCGGGCGGUGGCAUCAGGAGAAUCGAUCGGAGGUCGGAGAGGAACAAGCGAUGAAAGGAUACCACGAAGACGACGGCAUCGAUCAACAACGAGCAGUUUAGGUACAUCGAGAAGUGGCUCUACAGACUCACGCUCAUCUAGAGGCUCUAUCAGCGGAAUCUCAUCCCAUAGCCGCGGCCGCUCGAUCCUAAGACCACAGAAGUUGAACUCUCUUACAAAGCCGAGGCUUCCUUUUCAAUGCACCUUCUGUACGGAGAGCUUUAGAAGAAAGUACGACUGGCAACGCCAUGAAAACUCGUUGCACCUCCCACUGGAAAGAUGGGAAUGUUCACCGAAUGGGCUGACAGGCAUAAACCCUGACAAUGGACAAGUUGUCUGUCUUUUCUGCGGUCAGGAAAACCCAGACGAGAAUCACCUUAUAAAUCAUAAUCCUUCUGCUUGUCAAGAAAGGGCGUUUAGCAGAAAAGAUCAUCUUAAGCAACAUCUACGACUCGUACACAAUGCUGCACUCACAGAUCUAACCACGAAACUGUGGAAAACUACACAGCCAGAUAUCACUUCAAGGUGCGGUUUCUGUCAAGCUUCGUUAAGUACAUGGCCAGACAGAGUUGAUCAUCUGGCGAAUCAUUUCAAACUCGGAUGUACGAUGAGAAGCUGGAACGGAGACUGGGGUUUCGAGCCGUUUGUUCUCAAGACUUUGGAAAAUGCCAUGCCUCCAUACCUUGUGUAUUUUGAAGGUGGUACCCCGUUCCCAUUCACUGCCAAUGGCAGACCACCCGACAGUCCUAGGACGGCAUACGAACUUAUCUCGAUAGAGUUGGCCUACUUCAUACAGCACCACAAUGACACAACUGGAAGUCUACCAAGUCAUAAGGCAUUGCAGCUGGAAGCAUGUAGGAUUGUAUUCGGGUCCGAAGUAACGUUUCCCGAGACCAAUCCAGACUCGCAGGGGGGUUCGUCAUGGUUACGAGAUUUGAUAUUGUCAUCUGAUGAAAUUGUCCAACAGGCCCGCUUCGCACCCAUCCGUUCGCGUGCAGAGAGCAGACUGUCUGUGUUGAAAAUUAAGGGCAGAAACGCAUUAUUUGAAGAAUGUCCAUUGGAGUCUCGCCUGCAAGCCUUUGUAACUAAAAGGGCAAAUGGCAUCUAUGCGAUGUCGGACGACGAGCUGCAAAGAGAAGCUGGGCGAAUUAUCUUGCAAAUGGAGAGCGAAUUGCAGACAAAGCCCGAAUUCGUGGCUAACUGGCUGAUUGGGUUUCUCAACCGUUCGACAAGCUGGGUUGCUCAGUUUCGACGGCGCGCAGUGAGCAGCGGUCAGAAUGUCCUUGAACCGAGCCAUAUUGGGCAAUGGCAGGAUGGUGGUCAGUGGCAGUUCGACCCUCUAUCACACGAGGCACAAAACUCAUUGCCCGGCGGAAACGAGUGGUUACUUGUCGGGCAUGGCGAUGCGGCGGACAUCGACAAGAUCUGGGGAAUAGAAACUGAAAACAGCACCAAUUUGACAUCUAUGGAUGCGUCACUGCGAGACUUUACAUGGCUGUGGUCGGAUGACCAAUCGCCACCAGCUAUACCACAGUCGAACCUGAGCCCUGGAGCUGAAGGUCAAUCAACACUUCGUCCAACAUGGCUUGGUCCUGGCAUAUAUGUCCUCAAUGACCCAAAUCACAUUCCAUGGUUCGCCCGCGAGAUGAAGCGAUGGGUGAAAGCCGCCAUGUCGCCGAACAAUCCAAUCUGCCAUGUUCCUUCCGACGAGGAAUUAAGACAUCAAGCUCGAUGCUUGUUAUAUAAUGACGAUGAUCCUUGGAAUCAAACACCGGCAGACAAUUCUCAAUGGCUGGAGAUUUUCAAGAGGGAGGCUGGUAUUCUAUAA